UAUAUAAGAGACACCUUGAGAGGUAUGGAGAACCACUGCUCUCCUCGAGCUCAAUACCCCUCUUCACAUUCCUUAUAUCAUGGCUACACUCAAGCGCUCUCUUUUCUUUCUUACUUGCCUUACGGUGGCCGUCGUUAAUGCGUCCCAGGUCAUGCAUCGCCCCCCCAGCUACGAGGAGCCCCCGACUACCUACGCAAUAGAAGAAAACCCCAAGGUGAACACUGGUAUCCAGAAACGCGAUACUGGCAAGGCAUCCAUGGCGUACUUCACCAACUGGGGUAUCUACGCAGCCAAUUUCCAACCGCAAAAUAUUGUUACGAAUACAUUGACUCACAUUCUCUAUGCAUUUGCGGAUGUCGAUCCAUCUACAGGAGCCGUUAAACUCACCGACUCGUGGGCCGAUGAACAGAAACACUAUGACGGAGAUAGUUGGAAUGACAGUGGAAACAACCUUUAUGGAUGUUUGAAGCAGAUGUACCUCAUCAAGCUCGCCAACCGGAAUAUCAAAGUCCUUCUCUCUAUCGGUGGUUGGACCUACUCACAGGCUGGCCAUUUCUCCUUUGUCACCUCAUCACCAAGUCGUUCGACCUUUGUUUCCAACGCCGUAACGCUUAUCGAGGACUACGGUUUCGAUGGCAUUGACAUCGACUUUGAAUACCCCUCCAGCUCUGCCGAAGGCCAAGGCUUUGCCGACCUCUUGACCGAGCUGCGCUCUGCCUUCGAUGGUCUUGCUACGUCCAAGAAUGACACUACUCCAUAUCAACUAUCAGUAGCGGUCUCUGCGGGUCCAGACAAUUACGCCAACCUUGUCGUUCCUCAGAUGGACAAAGCCGUAACACACUGGAACCUGAUGGCGUAUGAUUAUGCCGGCUCCUGGUUGACCUACGCGGAUAACCAAGCCAAUCUUUAUGGCGGUACUCGUACAGGGGUGAACACCGAUGCUGCAGUCAAGCAUUUUGUUUCUGCGGGUGCGGAUAUCAGUAAGAUUACAAUGGGAAUGCCAUUGUACGGACGGUCAUUCGAGAACACAGCUGGAAUUGGCCAGCCUUACAACGGCGUUGGCCCGGGGACUAUCUCGGCCGGUAUUUACUCAUAUGACACCCUUCCUCUGUCUGGCGCUCAGGUCUACGAAAAUUUCACCGAUGUUACAAGCUACUCGUACGACUCUUCUAAGAAGGAAUUAGUCUCAUACGAUACCCCGGAUAUUGUUUCCUUGAAAACGAAGUAUAUCAACGACAACGGCAUGGCAGGAUCUAUGUUCUGGGAGCUGUCGACGGACAAAGUGGGCUCGGAGUCCCUCGUUGGCACCGCAGCUGGCGUGCUCGGCAGCCUCGACACGACACAGAACCAUAUCAACUAUCCGAACAGCAAGUGGGAUAAUAUCAGGAACAACAUGGGACAGAGCGGAUCCACUCCUACGAGCACCACCACCACCACCACUACUACUACCAGCGCUACUCCGACACCUACGGGCGGAAGCGGAAGCUGCUCUGGCAUUUCAGCAUGGGAUAAGACAGCUGUCUAUGUCGGCGGCAACCAAGUAUCUUAUGGCGGAAUGCUUUGGACUGCUUCUUGGUGGACGCAAGGUGAUACCCCGGGGGGUCAAGCUGGUGUCUGGAAGGAGACUGGUACCUGUUGAGCUUUGAGCACCGAUGAUUCGUGAAGGAUAUUUAUACAUGUACCAAUCUCCUCUAU